AUGAUGACCCAAACCGUAAGUGUGCCGGUUCUGCUGCUGGUUGGCGGACUUCUCGCUGUCGGUGCAGCGCCCCCGAAGAAAGCGGCCCGAGCGGCAGGCGGUGGUGGUCCCGACAGUGCCGCGGUCGUCGUGCAGCAGGAUCAACUCAUCAACGAUGACGGUUCGUACAGUUACGUGUACGAAACGAGCAACGGCAUCCGGGUGCAGGCCAGCAGUGCCGAUGGCGUGCGGAGUAGCGGUGACUUCUCGUACACCGCCCCGGAUGGGACCAACGUGGCGGUGAUGUACGUGGCGGACGAGUAUGGCUUCCAGGCGCAGGGGGAGCACCUGCCCGUGGAACCGCCGGCGCCGGAUCACGUGAUCAAACUGCUCGAGGACAUCCGGGACAAUCCGCCGAACGAUCCGGAUUUUGAUGCCGCCUUCCUGGACUCGGAAAUCGUCCGGCUUCGGGCAACGCAGGGUUGA